AUGAACACGACCUCGACAAGACAUCAGACCACGACUAAAUCUAACGGGAAUGAUACUCCAACUCGCUCUCCGACGCUUACAUUCACGAAACUGUCCUCACCAAUUCAGAAUAAUUCACACGGAACAUCCUCGAUGCACCCCAAGUCCACUGCCCCACCACACGUAGCUACCAACGCUCUCACUGCCGCCCAAUCAAUUGAUAACACCUGUUCCACCGUACUUCUCUCCACCGCAAUCGUGAAGGUUUAUGGGCCUUCAGGAAAAGCAGCAUUUGUUCGUACAUUGUUGGAUUCUUGUUCCGAAGCGAAUUUCAUCACGGAAAACAUUGUGCAACUACUCGGAUUGAAACGCAAUCGGAAAUCGUCCACCAUCGUAGGCAUGGGUGGUUCUACAGUGAAAAGUGUUCACUGCACAGAAGCCACAUUCAGCUCAGUCGACUCUACAUACUCCCACACAUUAACGUUCAGCAUACUACCGAAAAUUACGAAUGAUCUUCCUGUUAGACCAAUCGAUAUCUCACAGUUGAAUAUUCCUUCGGAUCUGGUUCUUGCGGAUCCAGGUUUUGCUUCACCUCAGAAAGUUGACAUGGUUAUCGGUGCUCAACUCUUCUUCCAUCUAUUAUGUGAUGGACGAAUUUCCAGCAGCGAUCUUACCAUCGGUACUCAACCCGUUCUACAGCGUACAGUAUUCGGCUGGAUUGUGAGUGGUGCUGUUGCAGAUCAAGUUUCAUCCACCGAACCAUGCAAUAUUGCCCUACUUUGUGUUACCGAAUCGCUGGAUAAACAGCUAACAAAAUUUUGGGAGACAGAGAGCUGUACUGAAUUUCGAAAUCUGUCCAAAGAAGAAUUAGCUUGCGAGAAACUAUUUAGUGAAACCACCACUAGGGAUGAAUCAGGUCGAUUCAUUGUCCGAUUGCCGAAGAAAGAACCGAUGAUAAGUCAACUUGGCGACUCUUCAUCAACCGCCAUUCGCCGUUUCUGUUGGAUGAAGCGACGUUUGGCUAAAAAUCCCACGCUACAAGAGCAAUACUCCAUUUUCAUGCGGGAAUACAUGGAGCUGGGGCACAUGAUUCCAAUCAACAACACCGAAAACAUACUUUGUUCUCCCACGUUUUACCUUCCACACCACGCAGUAAUAAAACCGACUAGCACUACCACUAAAUGUCGGGUUGUUUUCGACGGAUCAAGCAAGUCAUCAACGGGAAUUUCAUUGAACGAUUGUCUGAUGGUUGGUCCAACGAUUCAAGAUUCACUAGUCGCUAUUAUUACACGCAUCCGAUUACAUGAAAUUGCCCUGGUUGCGGACAUCGCCAAGAUGUACCGGCAAAUUUGGAUACACCCUGAUGACAGACCACUCCAACGUAUAUAUUGGCAGAAUGAAUCUGAACCCGAUAUUCGACAGUUCGAACUCACGACGGUUACAUAUGGCACUGCUAGUGCCCCGUAUUUGGCAACCCGCUGUCUCAAACAGCUAUCUGUUUUACACUCCAAAGAGUGUAACGAUCCUGCUGCGAAAUUAGGCAAGGAUUUUUACGUAGAUGAUCUGCAUAGCGGCGCAGACACCUUUGAGGAAGCGUUUGAAAUUUACACACAACUACAAAAGAUUUGUAGUAGUGCAGGUUCCCCAUCCAAGUACCAGACGUUUGUAUCCAACCGCAUCGCAGAGGUACAGCGUCUCACCGAAGGUCAUCCCUGGAAUCACGUUCCCGGACUGGAGAACCCAGCAGACAUAAUCUCCAGAGGCAUCAGUUCCAGCGAUUUGAUCCACACAGCCUUGUGGUGGAAAGGUCCACCUUGGCUAACAUCCGAAGCAGAUGAGUGGCCGAGCAUGCACAUUCCUCGCCAUACAGUGUCAACUGACAUCCUCGAGGAAAAACCCGUCAAGAAGACAGCAGCGAUUGCCCACCAAAUAAUCGACAAUCAAUCGUUAUUCCAACGGUACUCAUCUCUCACCAAGCUGGAUGGAAUACUCCGCGUCGGUGGCCGGUUGAGCCACUCACUUCACACCUUCGAGAAGAAACAUCCAGUCGUCCUACCAGCUGACCAUCCUUUCACCGCGCUCUUGAUCGCAUCCGCACACAAGCAGUUACUCCACGCUGGCCCUCGAUUGAUGAUGGCACACAUCCGAGAGCGUUUUUGGCCGCUCAAUCUCCGUAACCUGGAAGGUUGUACGAAGAAGGUUGUACGAACGUGCAUACAAUGCUUCCGCACCAAACCUGAACUACAACAACAGCUGAUGGGUCAGCUUCCGAGUGUACGGGUGACACAAUCCCGUGCAUUUCUCAACACCGGCGUCGAUUUUUGUGGUCCAAUCCAUUUGAAGCCCCAAGGCAGAAGAAGCAGAGCAGGUCCCUUGAUUAAAUCGUACAUUGCACUGUUCGUUUGCAUGACAACAAAAGCAAUCCACAUCGAGAUGGUCAGCGACCUCACCACCGAAGGAUUCAUCGCAGCGUUGAAGCGGUUCGUGGCUCGACGUGGAAGACCACGAACCAUAUUCUGUGACAACGCUACCAACUUCACCGGAGCCGAGAAGGAGUUGAAAACUCUUCUCAGGCAGUUCAACGAUCAACAACAUCAGCACACAGUAACUUCACUAUGCGUCGAAAUCGGUAUACAAUUUAAUUUCAUCCCGGCUCGCGCUCCCACGUUUGGAGGUCUGUGGGAGGCGGCGGUAAAAUCAUUGAAGCACCAUCUACGAAGAGUUGUCGGCUUAGAAGCUCUUACCGCCGAAGCAAUGCAAACGGUUUUGACCCAAAUUGAGAGUUGUCUCAAUUCCCGACCUCUGACUGCCCUGUCUGAAGACCCCAAUGACUUGGCAGUCCUCACUCCUGGACACUUUCUGGUCGGAUCAGCACUCCAAUCAAUCCCGGAGCCCGACCUGGCCGAAGUUCCAGUAAACCGAUUAUCCUUAUGGCAAGCGAUGCAGAGAAAGUUACAACUAUUCUGGAAGCUCUGGUCCACUGAUUAUCUCCAGCAACUCCAGCAGCGUACAAAGCAUUUCAUUCGUCAACCGAAUGUCUUAGCUGGUCAGCUAGUUCUGUUGAAAGACGACAAUUUGCCCCCACUAAAAUGGAUUGUGGGACGCAUCAUCUCGACGCAUCCUGGCACCGAUGGUAUAGUACGCGUCGUGAAAGUCAAGACAUCAUCUGGUGCAGUAUUCGACAGGCCUGUUGUGAAGGUCUGCAUUCUCCCCUGCAACGAGCCAGCUACAGCUAACCAAACCCAUACCAUGGAAGAAGACACCGACCGACAGCUCCCCACACGUUCCUCCAGCUAA